AGUACCUUUCAAAACGAUUUUUUAAAUAUUUACUAGUGGUUAAAAAUUAAACGCAUCGAGAAAAAUAGGAAGGGGGGAAUUGCAAGGAAAGAAGAUCUAAACAGACAGGAAGAUACUCUUCAUCAUGAGACUAUUCACAGCUCUCCUGUUCAUUUUAUACUCAUUGCUUUGUGCUUAUGCAAUAAAGGCUAAAUCUAGAAGCAGAAAGAAGCCAACCCGGGAAGCUCCACUAGGUCAGCAAGAAAACUAUUUGAUAGAAGAAUGCGUAAGGAACAGCUAUACGGUUAAUUCUUGCAGCAAAGUUUUUUGCCAACCCUGGCAGAAGUGUGUGGAUGGUGCCUGUCUCUGUAAGCUGCCCUAUCAAUGCCCAAGGAAUGGCACCUCAGUUUGUACUGCCGAGGGAAGGACUUUUCGAAAUUACUGCCAACUAAAGAGCUACGAAUGUCAACGUCCCAAGAGCAAAUUUAGGAGCAGAGGAAGCUGUAAACUUCAAGACAACUUUGAAGUUUCCCUGAAGCCAGAAAAUGCAUCCGAGAGAUUUAUUGAAGUCAAAGUAAAUUCCCAGAAGAAGUUUAUUUGUGGGCAUGGAUGGGGUAUGAAUGAAGCAAACGUGGUCUGCAGACAUCUUCGUUUUCUGGAGGGGGCUGACCGCAUAGAAUUGGGGCACCCAAAUGAUGCCUGGGAUUCAUCGGAAUGCCUUAAAGCGACUUGCAGAGGCAUAGAGACCAGCCUAGCCGAAUGCUCUUUAGCUAGAACCAGCAGGGGUGACAGUAAGCUUGCCAAGGUGGUGUGCCACACAACACCUAGAGAAUGUUCCUCCAGCGAAUUCCACUGUGUCAACAGCAAAUGCAUCCCUUCGGAUAAAACAUGCGAUGGAAUAAAUGACUGCGGAGACCUAAGUGAUGAAUUGUGUUGCAAAGCAUGCAGAGGAGAAAGCUUCCACUGUAACUCAGACGUGUGUAUUCCAAAGGAGUAUCUGUGUAACAAGGAAAUGGACUGCUUAACGGGAGAAGACGAAACUCGCCAGUUGUGUGCAGGCAGGGGUGGGGAGAGGCAAAGAGCAGAAGAAACUGAGGAGGAAUCCAUGGACGCAGAAAGAAGAAAGAUCAAAACAUUUUUACCCCAAAUACACUGUGGUAUUCCAAGCCACACCGUUACUCGCCGGAAGCGAAUCAUCGGGGGCCAUCCCGCGCGAGAGGGUGAAAUUCCUUGGCAGGUGGCAAUUAUACGUCCUGGAUCUCAUGUGACCUGUGGAGGGAUUUAUAUUGGGGGCUGUUGGAUUCUCACUGCUGCACACUGUGUUAGAGAAAGCGAUGUUCGUGCCUCUGUGAUAUGGACUGGCUUGUUAAAUAUGUUAAUUUGGAGCCAUAGGAUUGAAACCUUUUCUUUAAAAAGAGUGAUCAUCCACGAGGACUAUAAUCCCCAAACAUAUGAAAACGAUAUUGCUCUGCUGGAAAUGAAUGACAAGUAUCCAAGGCAGAUGUGUUCUCGACCCAACACGGUGGCCGCCUGCAUCCCCUGGUCCCCUUAUAUGUUCAGAGCAGGCCACCAGUGCAAAGUGUCCGGCUGGGGACGGGCAGAAGGUAAUCAAAGACAAUUUACACUUCAAUGGGGCUAUGUUAACUUAAUGUCCAACUGCUCUGAAAUCUACAAGGAUCGUUAUUUUAAAGGCAUGGAAUGUGCAGGUACAUAUGAUGGUUCUGUAGAUUCCUGUGCAGGUGACUCAGGAGGACCUUUGGUUUGUUUCGACUCUAAUAAUGUAGCUUAUGUUUGGGGUAUUGUGGGUUUCCGUGAGCGCUGUGGUGAAGCAGAACACCCCGGUGUUUACACAAAGGUAGCAGAUUAUUUCGAAUGGAUUAGCCGGCAUACUGGAAAGGCUGCGGUUUCUCGGUUUAAUGUGUGACAUUUGGAAUCGAGGAUUUUCUCCUUCUCUGCUGCAAUAAUGGAAGGUCGGCUGUAGAAGGGACAUAAUUCCAGCUCAAGUUAAGCGUGUUUCUUCCACUGAAAUCAACGGAUGCAAAAGUUGUUACCUCUGACUGGGUCAUGCCCUGGUAGUUUAGCAAUAAGGACUCUCAGAAAUGUCCAUUGUUCUUUGAAAAGUCUGUUGGCCUUCUAAAAAACCAAUCAUUGCUUUUUCACUCAUCUUGCAUGUUACAAUAAAAGUGAUGC